CAUGACAGCCCUGGUUCCCGUUUUGCAAGACUCGGACGGGGGCUUUGGGGUAGGGUUGGAGACGGGCGAGGGAGCCCUGGAAGCGUGGGAGACGAGCCCGUUCGCGCGCGAAGGGUUUUCAAUUGCUAUUCUGAGACCGGCGUCCAUCGCGAGACCUAGCGGCGCAAAGCUGUUUCUACAAGCUGCCUGCUACUACUGCAAUAAAGCUCGGCACGUUUUGGUAGCCAUCGCUGGAGGCGCCUCGUGCGUAGCCCAGACAUCGUACGCUGAGGCGAGCCUUUGCAGGCCUGCCGACCUGUCAUACUCCACGACCAUCAUGCCUUGAUAGCUCUCUCGGGGCUGCGUUGUGUCGAGAGCUGCUGGAUAGGGGGCCCAAAACGUCGUCGCCGAACGUCGAGGCCAUCGCUCCGGGCGAGCUUACGGCGCAAGCUCUGGGCGCGCAAUAGUACAAAACGGGCGCUACAGAGGCUAUGAACAGCUCCAUGUUAUGGAUGCGGAUUACAAGUGAAGGGACAGCCCGACACGCCGUACCCACGUCGCGAGGGGCCUUGUUAUGCAGUGCCCGCCGUGCCGCCGCCCAGCGCACAACGGUGCGCAUGUACACGAGCCUCCGGUCAGUGGAGGUUAUUGCAGAGGUCAUCGGCGUGCUGCCUCCAGAGGGGGGGCCCAUCCUCCAGAAGCUGGUGAAGGCGGUGAAAGAGGACGUGGAGGAGGCGCAACAGGAGGCGCAGCAGCGCGUGGAGAAGGCGGAGCAGCGCGUGGAGAAGGCGGAGCAGCGCGUGGAGGAGGCGGAGCAGCGCGUGGAGAAGGCGGAGCAGCGCGUGGAGAAGGCGCAGCAGCGCGUGGAGAAGGCGGAGCAGCAGCGGCAGCAGGCGGAGCAGAGCAAGGAUGAGGCGGUGGCAGUGAUAAUCAGGGAGAAAGGCGCGAAGAUGGUGCUUGCGGACAAGCUCCACCUGAGGGAUAAGUUGCUCUCGCGGGCCAUGCACUCCGCGGGCGUCCGGGACGGCCGCAGCUGCCUGGAGUACCUGGAGGACCUCAACGGCAUCAUCAAGUGGCAGCGCGUCCAGGGCUGGACCAAGGUCCUGGAGCAGCGGCCCGACCUGAUCAAGUGCCUGGCCAAGGCGGUGCCGUCCUGGGGCGUGGACGCGAACAACUCCAACGCGGCAGGGAAGCUGGCGGGCAAGAUCGCGGGCAUGUUCAACGUGCUCAGCGGCGGAAUCCACCCCUUCAUCCCCGGGGUGGGCCUGGUCGUGUACGCCGGCGUUCCGGACGCGCCCACGUGCGAGGGCCUGGUGUGCCUGGCGGAGGCGCUCGGAGUGCCGUGCGAGUGGCAUCAUUCCCUUUCGCCUUGAGUGGCCGAGCAGCCUUCAGCGCCAGGCGGGUGGAGGCAACGGGGGCAUAACCAUGAGUGUCCUCUGCGGGGGCGGCAUGACUCCAUGGGGGGCACCGGGGCAGCUGGGAUGGCCGCGACCCCUGACGCCUGUUGCGCGCCAUAGUGGUAUGCGCUGGGCGGCCUGGUGUGUCCCUUGAGAUUAUGCAGCUGCCACCGGUGGUUGGGGGUGUGGGCCAGCUGCCGUUGGUGCAGCGCGUACAGGCGCGGUAGGCGGGGUUGACGGUGCGGUGUGUGCUGGGGGCCUGUGACCUGCUCCCGUACGUGCCUCCUUGGACUCGGGUGGCGGUCGCGUGGCUUCGGCGGGUGCAUUUGGAUGUGACACCGCUGCGGUUGUUGAUGCAUGGCAGCCGGUGCUUUUGCGGGGUCUUCAAUGGAAGAACCAGCACAAAGAAGCGUGGUGGAGGGUGGCUGCGAAUGCGUGCUGGGCGUUCCCUCGCCAUGGCGAUGAGACGGGCAGACGGCGGGCGAGUAGUGCUGUCCGAUGCGACUACACACAGCCAGCACUAUCGUAAAAUAAUCGAAUAGAUAG